GGUUCGCCAGCCGGACGGACACUUGUUCCGCGGGCUGUGUCGGCCGACCAUGUGUGGUGUGUGCUCUGUCUCUGACCGUCGUGUUUCAGUAAAGUAACUUCUGGUUGUAUUCUAGUGAUAAAAAAAUACUUCCUGGACACUGUUGAGUUCCUUAUUCUACCGAUGUGACUGGCAUGCUGGAGCUGCACAUCUUAAUUAAGUCCGCUAUUUGUUGGCUGGCAGUGAGUUCACUGUUAACGAUUGGCUGCAUCUGCAUUCACAUACUACCCGUUAGAUGUCAGUGUGGCUCCGUCUGAUCGGUUUAUUUGACGGGGUCUAGUCGGCCGAACGAUAGGAUACGAACAAUCAAACCUCGUCUGUUGUCGUUCAAUAGUGUCUGAAAGUCGAAAUAGCGAAAAACAGCGCCAGGAUCAAAAGUUCCGGUCAGAGCGAAUCAGAGUUCUGUAUUGAAGGCUAAGCGCAGCUGAGGAAAAGUUUAUUGUAGGCUGUGAACAGAAUACUGAACGAUGUUUACAUUCGGUGGCGGCGGCCGAAAACUACUCAAGCUUACCAGCCUCAGCAACAACGUCGUCAUCGAGGUAGACGAGACAGUCACAUGUUUCUGCAGGAAAGCCCGUCGGAAAGAUAAAGAACCAUCAACCCCUAGUGCAGAUGAUCCAAAACUUUACCUCGAAGAAGCGCUCCUUGAGCGAAAGUUACCUGAUAUUGAUCUGAGAGUCUUGGUGGACCUACCAGCAGGAGUAGACUACAAUGAAUGGCUAGCUUCCCAUACUAUUGCAUUUUUUGAUCAUAUAAAUCUUUUAUAUGGGACAAUAUCAGAAUUUUGUACAAUGUCUGGAUGCCCAGACAUGACUGGUCCAGGUUACAGGACCUAUCUUUGGUUUGAUGAUAAGGGUAAGAAAGCGCGAGUUGCCGCGCCACAAUAUAUAGAUUAUGUGAUGACAUUUACCCAGAAGACUAUCAGUGAUGAGACAAUAUUUCCUACAAAAUAUGGAAAUGAAUUUCCCAGUUCAUUUGAAUCUAUUGUUCGAAAAAUCCUGAGGUUAUUGUUCCAUGUUUUGGCACAUCUAUAUCACUGUCACUUCAAGGAAGUGGUUCUACUAAAUUUACAUGCACACCUGAACUGUGUAUUUGCCCAUCUGACAUUAUUGAAUGAACGCUUUCAACUUAUAGAAGUGAAGGAGACAGAAAUUCUGCAAGACCUAGUGCUUGCAUUAAAAGUUCACUCGGACGCUCCAGAAACGAGCACCAAUGGUGAAGAUGGUAUCCGUGGUAAUUCGGACAGUAAACAAAGUAGUGGUGAUGCCACAAGUCAGUCACUUUCUGCUGGUGAAACAACACCAAUGACAGCAAAUAAUAUAGGGACUGAAAAUGAGCAGGAUACUGAAUCAGGAACAGGGAUACCAAGCAGUUCAAAGUCGGAUCUGUUGACUUCUGUGUCGGAGAAAGAGGCUAAGAAAGAAGAGUCUUCAAAAAAUCAUGAUGGUGUACAGGACGUGUCUCACUAGCUGAAAUGAGAAGUGUGUUGUUAAAGUUUGGUGUUUCCAACAAGGUGAGGAGUAAGCAUUUACUGUGUAGAUUGAGUUAACUAGACAUAGAUUAUAGCCAAAUGAGCCAGAAGAAAUAGAGCAGUUAUGCAAGAUGGAAGGAAGCCUUUAAAACCGUCCCAUGGAUCAUUUGCUAGGAAUUUAAUGUGACAGGCUUUCUCCAACCCUGUGAGAAAUAUUGUGAUUUGUUGUUUGAAUACAUUUUUUUUUAUUCCAGUUGAUAAAAGAAUGUUUGUGAAUAUUUUUGUUCUGUUAAUUGCAGUGAGGUACCAUAUAGGUUGUGACUGCUAGUUAUUUAAAAGCAUUGUGUUAGUAUUAUUUUCGGGUGUUGUUGAUGAAGUGCAAUUUUGGGUUGUCUAUUUUACCAUUGUAAUAUAAUGUAACAACAGAUUUUGUAAGUUGUGCAUUUUGCCAUUAUUAAGCACCUACUAUGUUAAUUGUAAAUACAAAUUUAUUGGUUUUGUCAUAAUUUUCAUAUAAAUUCCACUCUUUUCUUCAGAAAAGAAAUUAUGCAGACUGCUGAAAUGGCUCUCCCUGUCGACAUGAUAAGGGUUUAGAAUGAUGUGUUUCGUAUGUAAUUGUGCAAUUUUAAUCAUCAAAAUAUUGUUAAACAUAUUUUGUUAAUGGCGCAGUUUUAUCCUUGCUUAUGUGUUAUACCAAAGCUAUGGAAGUUAAAAAGGAAAAAAGAAAAAAAAAUCUGAAUAUUUUUGUAUGUUGCUAAGUGUUGUUAAAAUGUCAGCAAACCUACCAUCUUGCAGUUAUGUGACAAGUAGGUCUUAAAAUUAAAAUAUCACAUACUUGCUAUUGAAAUCCACUCCUUUAAGAACAAAACAUUGUUAUAGACUAGUUUGUAAAACAAGCAAUUAAAUAUAUAAAUAUAUAUUAUGUGUGUAUAUAUCACUCACAAUAAUGUUGUACACUGUUACACAAGUAUUUAUAUUAUACAGAAAUGCUUACUUAUUGCCUUGUUAAUGUUACUAUAAUUGUUAUAUAAUAUAAGAAUAUGAAGAGAGAAAGUAACUUAUAUAGAAGAAUAUGUUAUCUACAGUUUCCUUAAAAUAAUGUCUGGCCCUUGUUUACAUGAAAGUAUGCAUGCAUUGAAUAUUGAAUGUUAGUGGAGGAAAGAUUUUAAUUGUGCCACUGGUAAGCCAAAACACAAAAAGAAACUAUAAGCAUUAUUUCAUUAAAUUUCCCUCUGACCUCUUUGGGGUUUCUAGUGGUGUCAUACUUAAAUCACUAGUUUCCCGUGAUUUAAUUGGAUAUCUUUCAUUAUUAAAUAAACUGUGAAUUUGAUGUCUGUGUUUGUUUUAAGGGGCCUUCUUUUGGAAGUUUGAUGUAUUUUCACUAAUCCGUACAUUUUCACUUGCCAGCUAUUACUUUCCACAUAGCAAACAUUCACUAAAGCUUUUUAUGUGUUUUAAUAUUUCCCUCUGCUUCUGAAGUUUGAAUGUGUCUAAAAUUGAUAAUUUUCAUCCUUUUGUAAGACGUAAAAGAUUGAGUUAUCAGUUUGUAGCACGUUUAGUGCAUAGUUGGGAAUAUUAUCGAACGAAGAUUGAUAUAUUACUACUGGAAUUAUAAGCUCUGUUCAUUGAAUUGUAAAAUUGUAGUCUCACUUGCAUUUGCCCUGUAUGCAGUUUAAAGGUGUUUUUUUUUUUUUAAGGAAAAGCUAAGAGUAACGUGUUAAUGCUGUUUAUCGUGCAGCAUACAUGUUGUGUGCUUUGUUUAAGAUCCAUAUAGCAGGAAGAUCCACAUAGUUCUGCUUUUUAUCGCUACAGCACAAGAUCCACAUAUUUAUGUUCUGUUAAACAAAUCUGUGUCAGAACAGUAAUACUGUAGCUGUAUUCCAUACUCUGUAAACUAUCAGUGGGUGUAAGCUAAACUUUAUUGACAAACAUCAUAUAAUUUACAACCUAGUUACGAUGUUGUUUUACAAGACUGGACUAAGUUGCUUCUCUUAUCGUCUUCUUCUGCCAGGUUUGGUUGAUUAAUUCUGAACCCUCAUGGCCUGCCUGUUAUAAUUUGUUGAUGCAGACCUUCUACUUUAAUGGCUAAUGUUCUCUCAUUUCAUGCAUUUACUUGCACUCAUUUCAGUUUGUGAUAAAAAAUGUAGUAGCAUAUGUGCAUUAAUUUUUGCACCUAAGUCUCUCGGUGUGUCAUUUCAUGAUCUGAUUGCCGUCUUCUCCUCAUAAAUUUCUGUUUCAAAUGGGAAUAAUGUGCCUCAGGGUAAACAUUGGUGUCGUGAAGCUCUUGCCUUCUUUUCAGAUAUCACUUAAGUAGACUUUGUACUCUUUUCCUGAGAUCAUUUUUGCUUCAUCAGGAUGGUUAGACUCAAAAGCCAUGUAUGUACUUGCAUUUACACUUAUAGUCUGUCCACAUCCACCAGGUAUGUCAAUUCAGAAUAGAUUUAGUAGUGUUGAUGAAUAGAAGUAUAUGAAACUGAUUUUGACUUUGGGGAAAAAUAUUCUUAAAAACUUCACAGUUCACAUUUUGAUUAUCUCUCUUAGUUGCCAUAGUUACAGUUUGAUUAUUUCUCUUAAUUGCCCCAUUGCAGGAUGGCAUCCAUCCAAGAAAUUGUGUGUACUCCUUUAAACAAAUUUUUAAUAUAGUUUUUUAUAUCUCUGUGUUUGUGCGGUGUACUUUUGAUUUUUUAAAGAAAUCAUUUUCCAUGGCUCACCAGUCAAAAUAAUUUUAAGUGGACAGUUGGAAGGAGCAACUAUUUCAGUUUUCUUCAGGUAAUACCUGCUUGUAUAAUCACUUAAAGAUAAAGUAACAUGUAUUGGUGGAGAUUAUGUCCAAAAUUUAAACUUGUAAGUUGCAAUUUUAUCUGUAACAUUUUUUAUCACUUCCAUUUUUGGGCAUUAUUUAAUGGAAUCACUUUGAAUAGGUUUCAUUUUAACUGUUAUAAAUGGGAACUAUGGAAUCUGGUGACACUCUCCAUUUGAUUGUUUCAUCACUGCUUUCUGUUAUAAGAGAUUAUUUUUUGCCUUGUAAUCACCAUGAUAACAAAGGUUUUUAUUAUUUUGGCAGUACAUAUUCCUAGAAAUGCAGUUGAACAGUGUAAUUUGAUUCUGCUGCCAAUGUGGUCUGGAUGCUGAAAUUAUAUAUAGGUAGUAUAGUUGUAAAAAUGUAGCUUCAAAAUUCACCUUAUCUGAGAAAACAUUUUUGUUAUAUUGCAGUUGACUGUGUGUAAUUGCAGUAGAAUCACUAUGCAAUUUAAAAAUUUUACUGCAAGGAUUUUGCCAAAAUAAGUAAGAGGGUAAAGUGUCUGCCAUGUGAUUACAGUAGUGUUUCAUUGAAAAGUAAUUUACAUUAUUCAAGAGAUAGCUUUACCUUUGAUCACUCCUCAUGGAAAAAAAUUAUCUUUUGAUCCUCAUGGAAAAAAAUAAUCUUUUGAUCCUCAUGGGGAAAAAAUAAUCUUUUGGUAUAUGCUUCUGGUCAAUUAACCAAAUGUUAAGUUUCAUUUCAUUUUUAAUGUUGUUUUUUCAUUUGAUGAGAUGUGAGAGCAGUGUGACAGUAGCAGAAGAUGACAAAAUAUUUAUAAAUGAUUUGCUUGUAGUUAGUAAUAUAAUUGAAGUUUGUUGACACAAUUCUGCACAUUUGGAACUGAGUUACUGUUAAGAAGCAGUAGUAAUGAUAGUCUUUCUGAAAGAUCUUUCCUUCACUGAACAAGUCGCAAAUGCAGAACAUACUUUCAUGUUGCAGCCAGUUCACUUCCUGUCUAGGCCUUCCCUGUUCCAGCAUGGCAAAUUGUACCUGUUAGACAGACUGAGCACAUUAUAAGUAUUUGUGAUUUCUUAAGUUGUUUGUGGUUUUUUGUUCCUUUCAUUUCUGAUGGAAAGAAGAGUAGAUCUUUGCAAACCAUGUCACAUUUGAAAGGUGUGAAAGUUCAUUACUCAAGAUGUGUUAAAGUUAGGGGUUUUUAUUGAUUUUUAAGUGGAUUAGUUCUACCUCCUAAAAUGUAUUCUCAUACCAUCAUUUCAGUUUGUGAUAAAUAUUGAGGGGAGGGGUUGGAAACAGUAUUUAAUGAUUUUCAUUUUCUUUUCAGAAAAUCAUCUUAUAUCACUUAUCCUACAGAACACAGCUUUUGUUAAUCGAAAGAAUUAAAUAAUUUAUUUUUGUAUAAUGUAAAAUGGUGAGUCACAGACUGGCCACUUAUUAUACAUGGCAAAUGAAAGUGCAUUACCUCAACAGUGGGUAAAUGUUUAUGCAGAUCUUCUGUACUGUAAGAAUGCAUUGAGUGUUCUGCUUUGCCAUGUUUUCCCUAAUCUUAAAUGAAUAUAUUUUAAGUGAAUCUUAGUAAGUAUGUAGCAGGCUGUGGAACUAAGUUACAUUUUUUUAGUUUUGUUUGUAUUUCACUGUGUAGUGUUGUUAAUUGAUGUAUGAUAUGUUGAUUUGAGUACUUUAUGUUUAAAAAAAGAUGAGUCAAAAAAUGACAAUUCUGGUUUAUUUCUUAAUUUUCUUCUUGUGUAGGAAUUGUGUGUUUACUCUUUUAUUUCUGCAAAUUAACAUAUAAGUAUUUGUCUGUACUUCCAUCUGCAUGAUGCAGUAAUUUAUUACUGUAUGAUCAACUUCAAAUCAUGAAUUUUUACUGACUAGUAGUAAUGUCUGUGUCAUGCCCAGAAGUGCUAAUAGGACUAGAUUGGUCUGUUUGCACUAAAAGUGCCCAUUUGAGUACAGAGAAACCAAAAAUUUUAGAAUGAGAAAUAAGAUGUUAAAUACUUGUAUUUUCUGAUUACUGUUGGGCAUGAAGUGCUUACAGUGCGUAAUAUUGUAACUGUAAAAGGCUUGUAGUGAAUUACCUCCAUUUAAUGUUGAUGCUAGAUCAGAAGCAGCAACUUUUUGUAGGUUUUUUCACUCUACAAAAUUCAAUGCAGCUUUCAAGAGGUAUUUUUUUAUGUGUAUAUAUAUAACUACAUCAGUUUCCACAGUUUUCUCAAUUGCUGAAGUAAUUAAGUAACGAAAGCUCUGUUGAAUACUGCCUAGUUUUACUUCAGCAGUGAACAUUCUGAAAUAUAAAAAUGAUUGUCAUAAAUCUUUUAGCAAUCUGUUUACAUUUUAUACUGACAUUUUCUUUUUAUUUUGUACUACACAAAAUUCAGCACCAUAAAAUUAAUAUCUUGUUAGUACUUCACUGAUCAUUGUGAUAGUACUUUUGGUGAAACUUCAUUCAUUUCUCCCUUGUUGUUAUAGUGUUCUAGUGCAGUUGAUGUCCUACCAUUUCUAUGAAAUGUUAUAUGUGUAUAUUCUUUCCUCCAGUUUCUCUGUACAGUGUACUAUGCUUUGCAUGUUAAGUUUCAGUCUUUUGUUCUAUAUCUACUGUAAUUAUUAGUUAUACUUCCUGUAAUAAAAUGUUGCUUUCACAGAUUA